GUGGGCGGCGCGCGGUGACGCCGGGCCCCGUGAGCGGAAGUUGUCGGGGAGGCGGAAGCGAGCGCGGGAGGCGGCGGGGCCCAUUAAAGCCGACGAGGCGGGCGGGGGGCGCAGCGAUCGGGUUUGGGCCGCGGCGGCAGUACCAGUGUGAAAGAUGACUUCUAGGAAGAAAGUGUUACUGAAAGUCAUCAUCCUUGGAGACUCUGGGGUGGGAAAGACAUCGCUCAUGAACCAGUAUGUGAACAAGAAAUUCAGUAACCAGUACAAGGCUACGAUAGGUGCAGACUUCCUGACAAAAGAGGUGAUGGUGGAUGACAGGCUAGUGACAAUGCAGAUAUGGGAUACAGCAGGCCAAGAACGAUUUCAGUCUCUGGGAGUUGCCUUCUACAGGGGAGCAGAUUGUUGUGUGCUGGUAUUCGAUGUCACGGCUCCCAACACGUUCAAAACCCUAGACAGCUGGAGGGAUGAAUUCCUCAUUCAGGCCAGUCCAAGGGAUCCUGAGAAUUUUCCUUUUGUUGUGCUGGGAAACAAGAUUGACCUAGAAAACAGACAAGUCACCACAAAACGGGCACAAGCCUGGUGCUACAGUAAAAACAACAUCCCCUACUUUGAAACCAGUGCCAAGGAGGCCAUUAACGUGGAACAGGCUUUCCAGACGAUUGCACGAAAUGCACUUAAACAGGAAACCGAAGUGGAACUUUACAAUGAAUUCCCUGAACCCAUCAAACUAGACAAGACUGACCGAGCGAAGGCUUCUGCGGAGAGCUGCAGCUGCUGAGGGGAGUGGGAGGGGUUGAGCACAGUCCUUCACAAACAAAUAUCACACUUAGGCCUUCAAACACACAGCCCCUCUUCUGUGUUUAAAAUGAAAUUACAAAAAAAAAAAAAAAAUUGCAUCUCCAGCUGCCAAAAUCCACCCAUCUCUCAUGAGCAUCUGAGUCCUGUGCUUCAGAGCUCAGGUCCCCACACCAUCCACAUCACACUUCAUGGUAACAGACCUUUCUCUUAGUUUAAAAUGGAAACUGUUAUGUAUGUUUGGAACUGAAUCUAAUUCCAGGUGUCCAAUGGAGAGAAACUGUUUACAGGUAAUCUGUGUAACAAGUUACAUACAUUUUUAACUGUCUCGUGUUUUCCCCUGUGAAGGCUGCAAUUGGAAAGGCUGAUUACCCAUAGUUCAUUGCAAGCUCAGCACUCAGUCAGACUAGGUUGAGUUUUGUAUGUAUCUCUGUUAAUGCUUGUUACUUUUAACUAAUCAGAUCUUUUUACAGUAUCCAUGUAUUAUGUAAUGCUUCUUUAGGAAAAAUCUUAUAGUACAUGUUAAUAUAUGCAACCAAUUAAAAAUGUAUAAAUUAGUGUAAAAUUCCUGAAUUACAUGUUCAAGUACUGAAACACAGGUUGUGUAGAAAGUGAGGAGGACACUUGUGACCUGCGGCGUGCUAGCAACACAGAGUCCAGAUAGAGGCAGUAUUCUGUACAGUAGAGAUGAACUAUGUAAGCCUUCUUGUUUUGAGGCCAAAAAGGCUUCAUCUUCUGGAAAAAUCUGUCUGGCUUCCUUGUAUCUAAAUUCUCAGAUUUGCAUAACAGCAUUGAUAUGCACACUGGAUUAUUGGAUUUAAAAUUAAAUACAGCUAUGAAAUGA